GCAUUCGCGGUAAACCCAGAAGAAUGGCGCAGCGGACGACGACCCGCGGCUUUUGCACGGCGGGCAUCCACUUUGACACGUACCGCUUCGCGCAAAACCUGCGCGGAAAAGGCUUUACGCCCAAGGAGGCCGAGGUCAUCUUGGCCGCGACGCGCAAUGCGAUCCAGGAAAUGAACACGUCCCGCGCGUCCUUGUACAUUCCCAAGGCGGACCACCUCGAGCUCAAGACCGACUUGUCCCAGCGUGUGCUGCGCUCGACCAUGAACUUUGAUGUGGCCCACCGCCACAUGCGCGAAGUGCUCGAACGUGACUUUAGCAACCUCAAGAACGACAUUCGCAUGACCGAGAAGCUCGACUUUGACAAGGUGCGGUUCGAGCUCCUCAAGGUGGAGAAGGAGUUUUUACUUCAGAAAAAGACGGACGAAGAGACGCUCAAUACGCUGCACAUUGCCAACGAGCGGCUCGAGAAGCGCAUUCUGCAGUUCGUGGUCGGUUUCUCGGGCUCGAUGAUGCUUGUGCUCGCGCGUCUCGGCGCCUUCUUUUAACGCAGACCCUCCCGAGCUUUAUGCCGACGUAUUUGUUGUAGAAAGGAGAUAGUAACAUACAAGGGGAAGUCCAAAAAGGGGAAAUUUUGUUG